CUUAAACAGGAGCUAAUGGAAAAACAUACUGGUGAUGAAUCAAAGCACAGUCAUUGCACAGAUAAUCAGCAGCAGAUCCCCAGUCGAGGUACCCUCACCGGUGCUCAUCCAGGUGAAGGGUGGGCCAAGCAGUGAACACCAGGUCAACACCACUAACAGGUUUUCUCAGAUUGGAAGUAUAAAAUGCAAGGUAAUCCUGCCUUACGUUGAAAUGUAGUCUGGAUGUAACGAACAAAGAUCAGUUUAAUUCAAGACAAUUUGUGUUGAUCUAUCGUGUGAUGCGUGACUUGUUGUGUGGAGAAAUGCACGUGACUGUGAAAGAGACAGCGAGCUCAGCGCGUGUACACCUUCGUAUGAUGUUCUGCGCAGCCGUCAACUUGCAAACAAUUCGUGAUCAGUGUUGGGCUAUAUGGUUGAGUAAAGAAAGCAGAAAAAUUCGCUAACUUGUAUUCAACGAGUAAUCGCUCGAAGUGACUCGUUAUUUCAAAAUAUUACCUUCAACAAUGGAAGAGGAACUUAGGUGUCCGCUUUGUAAGCAUUUAUUUCGUAAUCCAGUUUUGUUACCAUGUUAUCAUUCUGUUUGCCUGAAUUGUGCUAUUCGUUCACAAAAACCAGCACAACAAACUCAACCGCAACCAGAGGGAUCUUUGAAUAAUUUGAAUGAAAUAACUGCAGAUUAUUCAGAUGUUGAUAAACUUAGUUUGGUAAGUGAAACAGAUAGUGGGGUGGUUUGCAACAGUCGGCCCAAUAGCUAUGUAGGUACUCCAAAUAUUCAGGGUAUUUUGUUCCCGCCUUUACAUAGCAGUGCGUUGUCUCUGAACUGUCCAGUAUGUCAGAAAGUUGUUUACUUUGAUGAAAAUGGAGCCAAUAAUUUGCAAAAAAAUCGAACUGUUCAAAAUCUUGUCGAUAAAUACGUAGAAGCUAAACAUUUACCUGUUUUCUGUCAACUGUGUGAAGGUGACCCUAAAAUAGCCGCAGUUAUGUGUGAACAAUGCGAAGUGUUCUAUUGUGAAUCCUGUCGGGACAACUGUCACCCGGACAGGGGCCCGCUGGUGAAACACUCUUUAGUUAACCCUCAGCAAGGAAAAGCUAAUUUGAGAGCAAGAAUCAAAGAAAGGAAGCCAAAUUGCGUAGAACAUACUGAAGAAACUUUAAGCAUGUACUGCAUGAUAUGUAAAGUCCCAGUUUGUGUUCUGUGUUUACAAGAAGGUAACCACACUAACCACGACGUACAAGCUUUGGGAGCGAUGUGUAAGGCACAAAAGAAAAGGAACAGUUAG